CAGUUCGCUGUGACGCGCAGAGGAGCGCCACAGCGAACCGUGCGCAGCGGCGGUCCCUGAGAUGUGGUGAUAAAGCGGGUGAAGUCAGACGAAGAUCUCUCUCUCUCCCUCUCCCUCUCUCUCUCUCUCUCUCUCCCUCUCUCCUCCCCUUUAGCGCUGGCCUCCACCGCAUCGUGGAGUUUAGGCUUAUCGCGUCGCGCAGCUCCGGGUUCAGCUCUGCGGCACAGUGGCGCGCCCUCUCUGGACUUUUCAUCUUGUGCCAAUGAGGCGCAGCGUGAAUCGCUCUUCUCACUUCGGGAAUAUCGGUCCUGGAUACUCCGUGUACUGCGACUGAACGCUUUGGGUGAAAGGAGAGUCUGAUGAGCCUGGCGAGUGUGGCAGUGUCGGCGGCGGUCUUCCAGGGCGGGGCCCGCCAGCGGGACUUGAUGAUGGAGCACAAAGUCAGUAAGCUGACCUCUGGAUUCCAGCGGAGCUCCACCUCCGACGAUGACUCGGGCUGUGCGCUGGAGGAGUACGCCUGGGUACCACCUGGCCUCCGGCCUGAGCAGGUCCAGUUGUAUUUCUCCUGUCUGCCCGAGGAUAAGAUUCCCUAUGUGAGCAGUCCGGGAGAGAAGUUUCGAAUCAAGCAGCUCCUCUACCAACUUCCCCCGCAUGAUAAUGAGGUGCGUUACUGCCAGUCCCUCAGUGAGGAAGAGAAGAAGGAGCUGCUUAUGUUCAGUGUGCAGAGGAAGAAGGAAGCACUGGGAAGGGGCACAUUGAAACUUCUGCCCCGUAAUCUAAUGAACAACAUUUGUGGCCACUGUGGUGAAAAGAUCAACGGUGGAGAAAUGGCAGUGUUCUCCUCGAGGGCGGGCCCCGCGCUGUGCUGGCACCCCGCAUGCUUCGCCUGCUCCACAUGCAGUGAAAUGCUGGUGGAUUUGAUCUACUUCUACCAUGAUGGAAAAAUCCACUGUGGAAGGCACCACGCUGAGCUCCUCAAACCGCGCUGCUCAGCCUGCGACGAGAUCAUCUUUGCCGAUGAGUGCACAGAGGCGGAAGGCCGCCAUUGGCACAUGAAGCAUUUCGCCUGCUUUGAAUGCGAGACAAUCCUGGGGGGGCAGCGCUACAUCAUGAAGGACGGCAGACCCUACUGUUGUGGCUGCUUUGAGUCUCUCUACGCAGAGUACUGCGAGGCCUGUGGGGAACACAUUGGUGUCGAUCACGCUCAGAUGACCUACGAUGGGCUCCACUGGCACGCCACCGAGGGCUGCUUCAGCUGUGCCCAGUGUAAGGGCUCUCUCCUGGGCUGCCCCUUCCUGCCGCACCAGGGCCGCAUUUACUGCUCCAAGGCCUGCAGCGCCGGCGAAGACGUGCACGCCUCCGACUCCUCCGACUCGGCCUUCCAGUCGGCGCGCUCCCGCGAAUCCCGGCGCAGCGUGCGCAUGGGCAAGAGCAGCCGCUCGGCCGACCAGUGCCGGCAGUCGCUGCUCUUCUCCCCCUCCGUCAACUACAAGUUCCCCGGCUUCAUUGGGAACGCCGAGGACACCCUGACCGACAAGCUCUCCCACGUGAAUUUAUCUGACGAGCAUUUCUGGAGGGAGCGCGGCGAGGAGACCGAGGCACCCGAGGACCAGGGGGAGGAGUGGGCCGAGCACGAGGACUACAUGACACAGCUGCUACUGAAGUUCGGGGAAAACGUGGUCUUCCAGCAAGCGAAUGACUCCAGACCCACUGAUUUCUGGGUCGCUGAAAAGGACCAACGGUCAAAGCAGGAGACUUCAAAAGUGGGCACUGGCGGCGUCGGAGGAAGGGGGAGCCUCGCCAGUAAGAAGUACCAGGCUGACAUGUGCUGGGCCCAGUCACAGGAUGGGCUCGGCGACUCGGCCUACGGUUCCCACCCGGGUCCGGCGAGCAGCAGAAAGAUCCAAGAGCUGGAGCUGGAUCACGGGGCUCAACGGAGCAUCCAGGGGGAGGAGAUACAGUGGUACAAUGACUCCUUGGAGUGCCUCACGGACGAGUUCAAGAAGACGGAUCAGAGUGUUCGGGACUCCAUGGACUCGCUGGCACUCUCCAAUAUUACCGGGGCCUCAGUGGAUGGCGAUAGUAAGGAUAGACCUUUGGUAUACUCCCUGCAAGGCUUUCAUGAACUGGAGACAGAAGACUGUGAGAAAAGCAGCAACAUGGGAACCCUCAACUCCUCAAUGCUCCACAGAAGUGCCAAUUCCCUGAAAAGCCUUGCAUCAGAGCAGGAGGAGGUGGAGGAAAGAGUCCCAGGCGAAGACGUGAGGCCUCUCGCGGACGGACCCCAACCUCACGUCCCCGCUCUCCGGAGGACGCGCUCGCAAUCCAGGCCGCAGCAAGUCAAGUUCUCCGACGACGUGGUGGACAACGGGCGUUAUUGCGAUCUCCCGCUGCGCCAACCGCCCAUGAGUGAACGGACUCGCCGCAGGGCGUACCACUUCGAGGAGGAGGGCCGGGAGCCCCACGCCGGCCGCCACCACCACCACCACCGGAAGCAUCGCAGUCGCAAGUCUCGCUCCGACAAUGCCCUUCACCUUCUGCCCAAGGAGAGGGUCCAGAUGGGCUACAAAGCGGACCACAGAGGGGCCGCCCUCGGCCCCGGGGGCCACCAGGGCCUCCGCGGCCACCGCGGCCACCGCGGCCCUGGCGCCGCGUCAGAGUACGGGCUGCAGGGCCAAGCCGCGGGGAGGCUCUUGGAGCUGUACGGGGACGACGAUGACUGGUGCUCCACGUGUUCCUCUUCCUCUUCAGAUUCUGAGGAAGAAGGCUUUUUCCUGGGGCAGCCAAUCCCUCAGCCCAGGCCUCAAAGACACUACUACACGGAGGACUUGCCCGGCCCCGGGGCGGGAAUGUCCUCUCCUCCUUACGGCCGACGGACUAAGUCCAAAAAGAAGAAAGGGCACAAGGGGAAAAACUGCAUCAUUUCAUAGACUUCGAUGGCUCGCCUGAUCCUUUUAGCGUUGGAUUACGCUCUGACACCAACCUCUGCCUCUCGUGUACACUGUACAAAAUGCAAUAACACUCUGCUUGCUUUUAAAUGUUUUUUCAAGCACUCAAUAUACCGAGGUCUUCAAGCCUAACAUUGCAAACACCAGUCAAGUUUAGUUCAAUGUAUAUUUAUAAACCACCAUCUUAUUUAACAGCAAAUAUAUUAAUGUAUAUAUUGAAACCAAAAAAAACAGAUCAAAAUGGCUAUUUUUGUACCCUUAAGUCAAUGACAUGAUUCAUACCAAAAUGCCAUUAACAUUUAACAAGUGUUGCCAGUGGAGCCAUUGUUCCAUGAGGCUAUCAGAAGCCUGCAGGUUGACUGCGUUCUUCUCUUCUCUAAGCCGUGUGUUCAAAAAAGCCUUGUUGAGUGGUGUAUUUAUGAGUCACUGUAAUGUUAACAAAACAUUGUAAUCUGUAUAAAUGUACAAACUGGAAUAUAAGGCUAAGAUAGAUAAUAAUUGUAAUAAAACUAUCUAUAUAUCGUGA